AUGAAGAGAGUGUCUACAUCAGUUUUUGGUUUGGCAAUUAUGUUACUCAUGACAGUUGCAGCCAUGAAACCAGUGAAUGGGUUUAGCUGUGUGCAGGCAAAGCUCUCAUUGCUAACAUGCUUACCUUUUCUCACCACGAAUCAGCAGAGCCCAUCAAGUGCUUGUUGUAAUGGGGUGAGUGUUGUGAGAGCUUCAGCACGUACAAAACCUGAACUUCGUGAGGCAUGUGAGUGUCUUAAGGCAACCGCCAAUAAAACUCCUAACCUAAACAAAGACAAAGUUGUUCAACUUCCUAAAUUAUGUAACGUUGAUGUGGGUUUUCCCAUUUCCAAGGACAUCGACUUUAACACGUAA